AUGGGCAAACAUCUUACGGCUCAUCGCCAACUACGCUUCACGCAUAUCUAUGCCUCCGAUCUUCAACGAGCCUAUAUGACGGCUGAGGAGCUUCAGCGAAACCAAGUCGCCCAAUGGGCGCACCAACACAGAGUGCCUGAAGUGGUGAGGCUAGAGCUUCUGAGAGAGCAGGAUUUCGGUUCUUUGGAACUCGUUCCCUGGGCCUCGAAGCGAGCGCAACAGGCAUUCGACAAUGCAGUCCCGGGCCAAGCAGAUCCAGAUUUCCGGCCAAAGGAGGACCUCGGGUCUAUGGCCACCAGAGCUGAAGCAUUCUUGGACAAUUUCAUUUUCCCAUUGUUCGCCACCAGUACAGACGAUCUACUGAACCCAACUAAUCCUCCGACACAAGAUUGCGUUGCGGUCGUCUCUCAUGGGAUGUUUCUUUCCACUCUUUGGCAGUCGUUGCUUCGCAAGUUCCCUGCUGGAAGUGUGAGUCUUGGUCCCAACGUUGAGGUUGGCAGGUACCCCCAACCACUGGAACGCCUUCCUUCCUGGAGCAAUACUGCAUUUCUAGAGUUGACUAUCCAACGUCCGGCCAGCAUCACUCCUACCAAUGAUUCCAUCCCAGGCCCUGCAUUCGACGAACCGGGGUGUCCACCAGCUCUUAGUGGACACCAUAUGAUGGUGCAUGUGGCGAACAGCCGUGAGCACCUGGUUGGUCUUAAUCGUGCUCGUGGUGGUUUAGGUUCGUCGCCCUUCGAUCCCCGUCAACGGUCCCUUCUGGGAUUCUUCAACAAUCCAGAAGGAAAUAAAUUGGGCCGCUGA